CUGGGGGCACUGCUGCCAUUCUCUGUCUAUUUCUGUUUCUCCAGGUUCUCCCUCCCACGCUUCACCAGAAGGAGCCACCGAGGAGGCUGCACUAUUGUACAGGAUCUUAGCCAUCGCCUCCUCCUAGCACAUUGGUAAAUUCUUCUCAGUCCAAACAUGAAAGUUUAUAAAGAGCUCAUUAGAUAUGAGUCUGCUCCAUUGUCAGCUAGACAUCAUGACAGAGCGACCACCGAACCCAUCAGCUUUUUCUUCUCAAAUAUGGAGGAACUGCUUUCAUGGAAACCAACUAGCCAAGACAUGUUUAAUAUUGCUGUGACACCUCUUGCAAAAAGAUUUCCACCUAUUGGUAGCCAGAGACCAAAGACUCUUGUCUGCCAUGACAUGAUGGGAGGCUAUCUAGAAGACAGGUUUAUCCAGGGCGCUGACACUAAGGACCCAUAUGUAUUCUACCACUGGCAAAACAUUGAUAUUUUUGUAUACUUCAGUCAUCGGAUGUUUACCCUUCCUCCUGUGUGCUGGACAAAUGCUGCUCACAAGCAUGGUGUUCCUGUGUUGGGUACUUUUAUCACAGAAUGGGAAGAUGGUGCCAAAGUGUGUGAAUCGAUUUUGGCUGGAGAGGAGUCUACGUAUAAAUCAGUGGCAGAUCAGAUGGUUUCCCUUGCACGGUUCUAUAGGUUUGAUGGCUGGUUGAUUAACAUUGAGAAUGUUCUGAGUCCACUGGCAGUGUCCCAGGUGCCCUUGUUCCUUUCCUAUUUAACAGAAAAGCUGCACUCACAAAUUCCAGGGGGUCUGGUUCUUUGGUAUGACAGCGUGAUCCACAGUGGGGAGCUGAAGUGGCAGAAUGAAUUGAAUGAUGAGAAUAGGCAGUUUUUUAGCGCGUGCGAUGGAAUUUUCACCAACUACAACUGGAAGGAAGAGCACCUGCAGCGCAUGGCAGCAGAGCCGCGCAGGACAGAUGUCUAUAUUGGUGUGGAUGUCUUCGCUCGGGGAGAAGUUGUAGGGGGAAAGUUUGAAACUGUCAAGUCACUGGAGAUGAUACGGCAGUAUGGCUUCUCUGCUGCACUGUUUGCUCCAGGAUGGGUGUACGAGUGCUUCAACAGAGAACAAUUCCUGGAGAACCAACACAGGUUUUGGUCUCUGUUGGAAAGUCACCUGUACGGUCACAGCCUCAGCGUCCUCCCUAUAUGUUCCUCCUUCUGUCUUGGCCGUGGCAUGAAGAGGUUUUCCUAUGGAAAGGCAGAAGACAUUGGUCCUUGGUUCAACCUUAGCGCUCAGGAAUUACAGCCCAUCCUUUCUGAAGUAGCUACUGAUGAUGGUGCCAGUUAUGUCAAGUGCCGGAUCUGCCCACAAGAUGCCUGGCACGGAGGCAAUUCUCUUCUCAUCGAAGGUGCUUUGUCAGCACAUACUAAUGGCGUUUCUUUGAAGCUGUUCUCUCUACAUGUUCGAGCUCCAGAGAAACUCAUGCUGUCUAUUGUGUACAAGUUGGAGGAUGCACCCAAUGUGUCAGUGUCACUGGAGCUCUCCACACAGGAUGCUCCUUUUUGUGCUGUGGAGAGUGUCGCCGAAAUACCUGAGGCACCAAGUCAGACACAUACUCUGGAACCUCUUUCAGAACCUCCCUUGUUGCUUGCAAAUCCUAAACAGGAUAAAACAUCUGCAUGGUUAAAAAGGUAUUAUGAGGUGCAGCUUAGUGGAUGUUUGCUGACCAGUUUAUCGGUACAUUUUUCGAAAACAAGGCAAAAUGAAGAUGACGAGAGCUUUGUCUGCCGAAUUGGAGAAAUAAGGAAGGAGAACAGCCCCACACAUACAGCCAAUGUCAUCAGAACUAUGUUCAGCAUAAAGAACAGGAGUGUUGGAAGUGAUGAUAUGGCCCCACAGAGCCAUCAUCUCAACAUUAUGGAGUCAGUCUGGGAUUAAGAGACAGAAGGAUCUGGGCAAGCCUACAUCCCCAGAAGAUCGAUGGUUAGUUCUCCAAGAUGUUUGUAGCAACCUCCCUGAUGAGUUCUUCCCUUUACAUAUAUCCUUUGUCUGGAAGUGUUUCUAUCCGGUGUGCACUGAUGAAAACUGAUGGUAGAACUGAUCCCAUUCAUGUAAAUGGGACAGUUCACAAUCAUCCGGUGUCUCAAUUUGGAUGCUGCAUGGUUGGACAUGCCGACGGCUUAGGACAGGGGAACGCAGCUUGCAGCAUUUCCCCAUCUGGUAAUCAGAAAUAAUGGACACUGGAUGCUACACAACUGAUGACAACUGAUGCACAUUGUCAUCAGUUGUGGCAUCAGCUUCGUCAAGAGGACAUAUGUGAACCCAGCCUAAUUGUACAUAGAAGAAUUGAUGUUGUUUUAAAAGCAAAGGGUGAUCUCCCCUAAUAUUGAUUGUUAGAUUUCUCCUUCACUUUGCAUUUUAUUAGUCGUUUUUGCACCUCAAAAUUAUUUGUGGGAUGAAAUUAACAAAAAAAAAAAUGCUAUUUUGUAAAUUUGGGGGCUUCAGAUUUUACACAGGGCACUUUUCAGUAAAAUUGAACAUUUAUCUUUAUUCUGUAGGUCCAUACGAUUCUGACGAUACCCAAUUUUAUAUAGGUUUUUUGUUUUACUACUUUAAAAAAAUUCAAAACUUUUUGUACGAAAAUUAGUAUGCUUAAAAUUUCCUCCUCUGGUACUAUUUUUGUUGUGAUGCUACUUUUUUUAUUGCUUUUUAUGAAGUGACGCAAUUCUGGACUUUUGUAUUUUUUUUACAUGUACGCCAUUAACCGUGCGGUUUAAUUAACAUUAUAUUCUAAUAGUUUGGACAUUUAUGCACUUGGUGACACCACAUAUGUUCACGUUUAUUUUUGUUAACCUU